AUGGGUGCUUGCUGUAGUUGUUUAAGUGGACAAGGCGGAGACGGGAGUCAAAAUCAACUUUUGUUAGCAGAGAAUGAAAGAGAGGCAAUAUCUGCCUUAUUACAAUACUUGGAGAAUAGAUCAGACGUUGAUUUUUUCAGUAAUGGGCCAUUGCGUGCUCUUAGCACAUUGGUGUAUUCUGAGAAUAUCGAUUUACAAAGAAGUGCGGCUUUAGCAUUUGCUGAAAUUACAGAAAAGGAUGUCAGAGAGGUUAACAGAGAUGUACUAGAACCUAUAUUAAUUUUACUUCAAUCAAAUGACUCAGAAGUUCAAAGAGCUGCUUGUGGUGCGUUAGGUAAUUUGGCGGUGAAUACCGAAAACAAGAUUCUUAUUGUUGAAAUGGGUGGGUUAGAACCAUUGAUUAGACAAAUGAUGUCAACUAAUAUCGAAGUUCAAUGCAAUGCUGUGGGAUGCAUCACUAAUUUAGCCACUCAAGACGAUAACAAGUCUAAAAUAGCCAAAAGUGGGGCCUUAAUACCUUUGACAAAAUUGGCCAAGCUGAAAGACAUUAGAGUUCAAAGAAAUGCAACUGGUGCACUUUUGAAUAUGACACAUCUGGGUGAGAAUAGACAAGAGUUGGUGAAUGCAGGUGCAGUGCCUGUUUUGGUAUCCUUGCUUUCAAAUGAUGAUGCAGAUGUGCAGUAUUAUUGUACGACUGCAUUAUCCAAUAUUGCCGUUGAUGAAGCCAAUAGGAGAAAAUUGGCAAAUACCGAACCUAAACUCGUUAGCCAAUUGGUGAAUUUGAUGGACAGUCCGUCACCUAGAGUUCAAUGCCAAGCAACAUUGGCAUUGAGAAACUUGGCUUCUGAUAGCGGAUAUCAAGUUGAAAUUGUAAGAGCUGGAGGCUUGCCACACUUGGUACAAUUGUUAACUUGUAACCACCAACCUUUAAUUCUUGCGGCCGUCGCUUGUAUCAGAAACAUUUCCAUCCAUCCUUUGAACGAGGCUUUGAUCAUUGAAGCCGGAUUUUUGAAACCAUUGGUUGAUUUGUUGGACUAUACCGACUCAGAAGAAAUCCAAUGUCAUGCAGUAUCCACCUUGAGAAACUUGGCUGCAUCUAGCGAAAAAAAUAGAACCGCUUUGUUGGCAGCUGGAGCUGUUGAUAAGUGUAAAGACUUGGUAUUGAAAGUACCAUUAUCGGUGCAGCUGGAAAUCAGUGCCUGUUUUGCAAUCUUGGCAUUAGCCGAUGACUUAAAACCAAAGUUGUAUGAAGCUCAUAUAAUUGACGUAUUAAUCCCACUAACAUUUUCAGAGAACGGAGAGGUAUGUGGAAACUCAGCUGCUGCGUUAGCCAAUUUGUGCUCAAGAGUAUCACCCGAUCACAAACAAUAUAUCUUAAACAACUGGCAACAACCGAAUGAAGGUAUACAUGGCUUCUUGAUUAGAUUUUUGGAGCUGGGUAGUGCAACUUUUGAACAUAUCGCGUUAUGGACCAUAUUGCAAUUAUUAGAAUCCAAUAGUCCCGAGUUCAAUAGUUUUAUUAAAGAGGAUGAAGCUAUUCUCACUGGUAUUAAGCAAAUGAGCAACUCACAGCUGCAAUUGAACCAAGGCGAUAAAAAUGGGCAGGUCAAUUCCGACGAUCAAUAUGAAGAUCCAAAAGUGGAAUUGUAUAAUUUGACGCAACAAAUUCUACAAAUUUUAGGAUAA